ACCAGCACCGGCGUCUCCGUAGCCCGGCGCCGCCCCGGUCUGGAUUGCGCUGGUUAGGUUACUCACCAGGUGCCCAGCCAGGAGGGCAGUGGCCCGCCCGCCUGCCUGCCCAUCGCUUUGGGCAGCGGGGGGAGGACGACCAUGCACCGAGUUGUCUCCAACCAGCGCUCGGUCUCCUCCUCCUCGGGCUCCUUCCAGGCUCCUCCGCCGCCUCCCCCCGCCGCGGACCUGCAGCCCCUUUUCUUGGGCGGCGGCAUCAGCAGCACCAGCAGCUCCAGCGGCGGCACCCGGAGGGGCAGGCGGGGCUCGGUGUCCAGCUCGGCCUCGACCCGGACUCGGAGCAGCAGCAGCAGCGGCGGCCGCAGCAGUGAAGAAGAGGACGAGGAGGAGGGCGAAGAGGAGGAAGCCAAGCCCCUCGUGCCGGUGCAGGAGCCAGGCACCGCCGCUCCACCCGCCGCCUGCUCCUUCCCGGGGUCCAGCACCACUUCCACGUCGGGCUGCAGCAUGACCGCGGGGGAGCUGUACGGAGCGCCGAUCGCAGGGCCGGGGACUGUGGCGGCCGCCGGGGCGCUCUGGGCAGGAGGCUCCGGCGGCGGCGGGUCUCGCUGGGGCUACAAGGCGCUGUCCCUGGUGCUGCUGCUGGGCCAGGGCGCGCUGCUGGACCUCUACCUGAUCGCCGUCACCGACCUGUAUUGGUGCAGCUGGAUCGCCACCGACUUGGUGCUGGCCGCCGGCUGGGGCAUCUUCUUCUGCCGCAACAGCCGCGCGCGAGGCCGGGAACGCCCGCCCGGGGUUGGAGGAGGACACCCGCCGCCUCCUCCCUUGCACCCGCUGCUGGGCCACCCCCCGCACGGCGGGAGAGGCGCCGGCGCUGCCUCCGGCGGCAAGGCAGGGGGCGCUCCGCGGGGCGGGGACUUCGCCUACGCCCACUUGGCCUGGCUAAUCUACGCCAUCGCCUUCACGCCCAAGGCGGCGCUCAUCCUGGGCACGUCCAUCCUGGAGCUGGUCGAGCUGCGCCUCCCGCUGGGUGCCACCGGCUUCCGGAUCACGCUGGCGCUUUCGGCCCCGCUUCUCUACUGCCUCCUGCGGGCCAUCGGCACCGAGAGCGGCGGGGCCGGCACCGGCUCGGGCCAGCUCCUCCUGCCGCCCCAGCCGCCGCCCCAGCACCGCGCCGCCGCCGCCUUCCUGGCCACGUGCUUGGACCUGCUGGACAGCUUCACCCUCCUGGAGCUGCUUCUCCUGCAGCCCGGCAGGCCUGCCUUGCCUCUGCCGCCGACGGUCCGCUACGUGCUCAUCGCCGUCUAUUUCCUGUGCCUGGCCUCCCCCGUCCUCUGGCUGUACGAGCUCAGUGCCCCGCGGGCCCCCGGCGCCGCCCGCCUGACCCUACACUGGCUCCUGCCCGCCGGACUCCUGGAUGUGCCCCUGCUGGCCCUGCGUUGCCUCUUGCUGGUGCGCUACCAGCAGCCGCUCUCCAUCUUCAUGCUCAAGAACCUCUUCUUCUUGGCCUGCCGGGGCCUGGAGGCCAUGGAGACCUGCUGCCUCCUCCACUCCGCCAGCGGGCUCAGGGGGGACGGCAAGAACGCGCCCGCUCCCUCUGCCGGUGUCGGGGCUGGCCAGCUCAGCCAUUGCAUCUCGGAGAACGACAUGGGGCCCCAUGGGUACGUCAACACAUUGGCCGUCACCACGCAGAGCUGAGGCGGAAGGGGAGGGAGGGUCCACACCCAUGCCUGCGGUCCUCCGGCCUAGUCGCUUCUUACCCCUUAAGUUCUCCCACUGUUUCUGUGCCCACUCUUCCCUUUUAACUGAGCUCCAUGCCAGUCUAGUUUAGGUGUCUGUUCCACUGUAGUUAUGUUCCCUUUACCAUGCUCCAGUCCUCAGGUUGGCCCAGGCACCCAAACCCAGGCCCAUGACCAGAAAGGAGUUGUAUAACAGACCCAGCUCCCUACCUCAACUGAGCACUUGCCCUGUCUAAUUCUUACCUGUAUACCUGCCCUGCCCUCUCCCCUGGACAAUCCACUACCGUGGCAAACACAGAGAUUCCAAUCUGUACCUGUUUUACCAUUUCCUCCUGCCCUCUUUUCUAUAUCAGUUAAGUCUCGCUUAGGGCAGUGAUGGAGUUCUCCUAGAUUGCUCCCACUGUUAUCAAACCCUCUACCAGUCUCAGCCAGUUUAAGGCCCACUUCAUGUAUUAGCUAGAGAUAUAGUCUCUUUAUUGGGAACUCAACAAGGUGAUGAAAACCACUCUCUGCAGAUACCUUUUUUGAGUUAAUUGGUGGCUACCAACUUGAAACAAUUCCACCCAUGAACGUAUUACUCUGGCAUAGUUACAAGUGGCUGAAAAUAUGUAGCUUUGGAUACAUAAUGAGAAGACAUGACUCACUAGAAAAGACAAUAAUGCUGGGGAAAAUAGAAGGGAAUAGAAAAAAGAGGAAGGUCAAACAAGAGAUAGAUUGAUUCCAUAAAGGAAGCCACAGACCUGAACUUACAAGGUCUGAACAGGGUAGUUCAUGACAGAUGCUCUUGGAGGUCACUGAUUCAUAGGGUCGCCAUAAGUCGUAAUUGACUUGAAGGCACAUAACAACAACCCACUCCACUCACGUGCCCAUGUGGUUAUGCAUUCUUAGCAGUAGCUACAACUCAUUUUUUCAUCCUUUAAUCAUCAGGCUUUCUUCUGCUGCUCUUGCCUUAAAUCACUUCCCUACUAUAUAUAUAUAGGGCAGCUAUACUGUACAGUGGAUUAACUAAGUCUACACACAAAAAAAACUUCAUUAAAGCUGCAACACUAGGCACUCCCAAACUAUAAUGAUGGCAGCAAUAAGCUUAUUUUUUUAAAAAAUCCUUAUCCCAAGUCCUUGAUUCUUAUUCCCAUAAACCAUUCCAAAACUUUUUGCUUCUACACGCAGCCCCAUUGCCCUCCAAGUCAUUCCUAUUUAUUCUGUAGGUUCUCUCUAAUUACCACUUAAUGUGCUAUGGCUACAGAUGUCAUUAUUAACUAACUACUUAAAUUAUUUUAUUAUUAUUAUUUAUUAUUGCUGCAUGGAUUAUAGAAAUCAAGAAGGGAGACUACCUGAUCACGCUUCCCAGAUUACAUCUUUCCCCAUCGUUUUCAUGGGCUGGUCUUAUUCACAAACACGGAGGAAAAAAGACUCCUGUUUCUCAGCCCUGAUAAGGUCUUCUCAUUCUCUGACCUGUCUCUCUGAGGUGCCUCCUACCACCACUGCCUAUAGGGAGAGGGGAUAUCCCCCACUGAGGUUGCUGGGAGAACCCCAAGGGAACCAUGGCUUGCCUGAUGCUAUUACUGUAAGCUGUCCAGGUUCCUCAUAUCCUAUGCUGUGCUGUUCCUCCAUGCCGUGGAGAGCUGCCCAGCCAUAAAGAGAAAGGAUCGCUGUUGCUAAGUUAGGCCUAGUUCUGUGGACAGACUAUAUCACUUCAAACUGUAUGUGGAAACUCACAUGAUCAGAUGUUUCCCCAUAAAAAAUUCCCUUGAUGUAGUAGACUAGAUGUAAUUAUGAAGGGUUCUAGCUUCCCUUCUUGACACACCCUAUUUCUGUGUACAGCAAUUCUGUAUAUAAGUAUGGAUGAACAUUUAGUCAUGUGAACUCCCAUUUGAAGGCUGAGAUGGUACAGCCCAGAACUAAACUUUGGUCAUUCAAAAAUCUGUGCCUUUCUGUAGCACUGCUGCUCAGAGUGCAAUAGGCAUGCUGCCUGUUUCAGCCAAAAGCAGACCAAGGGCACAAUUUUACUUAACAAAAGAUCAAAAAAUUUUUAAAGACAAACCAGCAGGAGCUGCCUUUCUCAGGAAAGGGCACCUGUUUCGUUUGCGGGGUCUUUAAAAAAUGUAGUGUCACAACACAUUCAGCCACACCUGCACCUUUUGGGGAUGAAUUGUAUUUUUAGUAUGGUCAGUGGUGUCCCUCAUAAGUUUCACUUUGUCCAUAGCGCUCUGCUCCAGAACAAUGCAAUUAGGCUCGUGUGAUACUUGGUUUUCAUUUAGGAAAACCAUGGUAGACCAGCAUGUCAGGCCUUGGAAUACACAAACCAUCCCCCCACCCAGAAAGAGGAGGCAAUUUUAACCUCCUUGUACUUUGUACAAAAGUUCCUCCCCACCCUUCACUCUAGGGAUAAAAUAACUUCCACAUGGAAGUUUC